AGCAGAGCAGAGCAGAGCAGGGUGGUGAGAAGACGAGUGCAGCUGCCAUUGCAGGGAUAAGCAAGUGCCAUGGGGAAGAGCACGCAGCGAACACUCCUUGCUUUACUCUGCUUCACAGUAGCAAAUUGUCUGAAUGAGGAGACCUGCCCAGACUUUGAAUUCGUUGGUUAUGGCGGUAAUGAGAUUCUCACUGUUGUCCGAGGAUGUCCUGGACUUCCAGGUGGCCCGGGUCCCCAAGGAAUGCCUGGAGAUAGAGGAAUGAGCGGAGAAAUGGGACCUCCCGGCAUCCCUGGGAUGAUGGGGCCAGAAGGGAAUAGAGGAGAGAAGGGGGACACUGGUGAGCAUGGUCCAAAAGGAGCCACAGGACAGAUUGGUGAUCCUGGACUUUUAACCAAGAAUGGCCUGGACCAAAUGUCAUGUAGGAAUGGUGAGAAGAACUGCAAACAGCUACGAGCCAGAGGAAAUGUUCUGAGUGGCUGGUACACCAUCUAUCCCAUAGGCUGUACACACAUGACUGUGCUAUGUGACAUGGAGAAUGAUGGCGGAGGAUGGACUGUUUUCCAGAGAAGGACAGAUGGUUCCACGGAUUUUUUUCAGGGCUGGGCUGCAUACAAGAGAGGCUUUGGCAGCAAGCUGACAGAGUUUUGGCUGGGAAAUGACAACAUUCACCUGCUGACCUCACUUGGAAGGAAUGAGCUGCGUAUUGACCUUGGAGACUUUGACAACAAGAAAUAUUUUGCCAAGUAUGACUCGUUCCACAUUUUGGGAGAAUCUGACAAGUACAAGCUGAUUCUAGGGGACAUGGUUGCAGGCAAUGCAGUAUGGAAGCUUCCAGAGAAAGGUGUUUUCUUCUUUUCCCCAUGUCAGAGGUAGAUGUUGCAUGGCCAUGGCUCACACCUGCCUGAAGUCUUACUGGAGUAAGCCAUCGGGGCACCGGACAAUACUGCCACCCCCAAUCUCCAAUGUUCUUUUCUUUCCUUCCACGUCUGGAUCUUCUUUUAACUAUUGGGAACUAGAUAUGCAGGCUGGCGGGGAUCCUGGGUGGUUCUCUCAAAGGGUUUUCUUUGUGGGGGUCUGCCUCACCUCACACCCCACUCUUGCCACUUUCUGGAUGACAUAUGUCACUCUGAUUUUAGUUGGUGGACCUAUGAAUCAAGGAGUGAUUGAUUUUUAAAUGGCCUCAGUGGGCCCAAGUGAAUGGAUUUAAACUCCUAAACAUUCAUUUGGUCAGCCAGUGCUUAGCUGCCAGCAGCACUGGGGCAAUACAAGAUCCAGACCCACAAGGCAAAGUCCACAAGGCAAAUGAUCUUAAAUCAAUUCCUCCCAGGUUCCUGGGCUAAACCAUCUGGGCCAGUCCCUUAAGGACCCAAUCAGAUAAUCAAGUGGAUAAUCAAAAUGAACUUAAUGCAUCCCCAGUUCCUGGAUCAAUCAACUCAGCUCAGUCCUCUAAGGAUCCAAUCAAAUAAUUAAAUAGAUUAUCAAAACAAAUUAAAUCAAUGCCUCCCAGGUUCCUGAGUUAAUCAAUUUGGGUCAGUCCCUUUAAGGAUGAAUCUGCUCAUCAAAACAAAAUGAAAGCCAUUCAACUGGUUUCCUCCAAUCCCUUGGUUCCUCAAGAUCAGGACCACCAAACACCUUCAAGGAGGGGAGCUCUCCUUCCAGCUGCUUUACCUGGCACCAUGGGAGGGUGCUGAGGUGGGGAAUAUUAUAAGGCCACUGUCCCUGUCUACCUGACUGUCCCAGCCAUCAGCGGAGGGGUAGGGAUUGAGAGUAUGGUCGGGGGUAGAAAGGUAAGAAUGGUUUAUUGACUUAACAAAAACACGACUACACGUAGUAUACUAAGACAGAUAAUGACAGACAAUAAUAAUUCACAUCGGCAACUUAUCAGCAGUCCCCUCUGAUGCCUGAUGUACAACAAGUUUCUCUUUCCACAAAGCUCAGCGAAGCCAAGUGUCCCCAAUCAGUGCUGUCCAACAGGUACAGGGAAGGACCCUGGUAUUCAGUCUUUGGGCUCCUUGAGAUCCACAGGCCCGCUGAUCCAGGUCAACAACUAAUUAAUCCCUUUCACAGAGCUGUAUCUUCCUUCUGAAUGAUUUCUGGAUGUGUCAGCCCAUUUAUAAAUUUCUGAGCUGUGCUGAUAAGUUACAGCCGUUCAGAUUCUUUUUACUUCAACUGUCCUUAGACUGACCUAUAGCAGUACAAGCCUUGCAUUCCUUUGAUAAAGUUAAUUUUAACUACACCACAGGGCCUUACUACUUCAAGGCUUUGCUAAAUUUACUAGGCUUUACUUUAUACAAGGCCUUACUACAUCUUAAACUUGAAUUAGGUUCUUAGCAACAACAUAUAGCUUAAUAUCUAAACAAAUGACAGAAAAACUCUUGGUUUAAUCUUCAUAGAGCCUUCAGCAAGCACCUUUAUUACACAGAUAUAAUUUUCAGCUGUUACACCUGACACACUUAUGUGCACCUUUGGGAAGCCCAGGGAAUGCCGCUGUUGCUUACCUUACGUGUUCUACCCUCGCCUGCCACGUCUUAAGGGUUUUGCUUGUGUUACUGGGAGUUGGUCAUAAGCUGGAUGGCAAUCCUACUGAGUCCUUUUCUUGGGGUUUUCUGCAUGGGGCUCCUCCUCUCCUGUACCCCA